GGGUGGAUGUGUUUGAAAUUGGAAAUUCGAUCUCGAAGUCUGUGGUGUGUCUAAAGAAACCUUCCCAUUGUUGGUGGGUGAUGGCAGUUCAUCCGACGUUAUCCUAUCUUAUAUCCAGCUUCACACACGACGGAAAGGACGAUGUUGCUCUCUGGGACUGGGAGAAGGGGUGGGAGAAGAUUGUGUUCAAAGGUCAUUCGAAAGCAAUCAGGGCAGUGGCAUUUCACCCAACAAAUUUGCAGAUCUUUGCGAGCGCAUCAGACGAUGGCACGCUCAAGGUAUGGAAUAUUGAAAAAAGGUCUGUCAUGCAUACCAUGCAAGAUCAUGGUUGCAUUCCUCAAAUAUGGCGUUUGCAGUUCUGCUCCAGAUUUCAAAAUCCGCUUCUGAUCACAUGUGGCAAAGCCAACGUUGCAAAGGUUUGGAACUACAAAGCGGCCUCAUGCAUCGCCAAAUUGGAAGGGAACGACGAAAACGUCUGGGGUGCCUUUUUCCACCCCCAUUUGCCAUACAUCUUCACUGCAGACGAAGCCGGAAACGUCAAGCUUUGGAACGAGUCAACGUACCAACGAGUCUUCUCCUGUCCCUGUCCCAGUCAACUGUGCGGAAUCUUUCAAAUGUACCCUUGCAUAAGUCCAAACAGGAAUAUUCUUUGCAGCUGUGAGGGAUUUCUUGUCUUGGAGGUGGUCGAGGAGCAAUCUGUGGUGUUGAUGAGGACAUUGAGGAGGAUGGAAAAGUUGGAAAAGGAGGCAGCGUUCUCGAAAGAAGGAACCAGGCUCAGAAUGCAAGAACUGGAAUCAAUCUUGAAAAAGGAGGUAUUUACCGCACGACAGAAGUCAGAUAAGUCAUGCAACGAUCUCAUGGAGAGGAUCCGAUUUCUUGAGGCUGAGAAGGCAAAUCUAGUGAAUCGACUGGAAAAAAUAAGCCAGAGGGUUGAGGACCUGGAGGGUAAACUAGAAGAGGUCACAAAACAACAACGGCUACUAGGGUCACACCUUGGAGUGGGUGGUGGUCCAGCAGAGAGAACUUCGCUCAGUCUGUUUCGAGAGUACUCAGUGAAGGAGUUGCGGGAUGCAACAGAUAACUUUGACAAAUGGAAGAGUGGUGAUGGGGAUCCCUAUGGAUAUUUUUUCCUGGGGAAACUUGCAGGUCAAGUGUGGGUGAAAAAGAUAAGGGCUGAAGUCAUGGUUGACGAUGACCCCAAUCAAGAGAGGUUCAAGUCGAGCGUGGUCGAUAGGUUACGAUCGCUUCACCACCCUCAUUUGUUGAGGCUCAUGGGAGCCUGCAAUAAAGAGAAAUGUCUGGUUUAUGAGCAUGCAGCAAAUGGGAGUGUGAUGGACAGGAUCUUGAUACGCAGAGACAGGUCGGGAACGGGUUUCUUUCCCUGGUAUGUUCGCUUGCGGAUUAUAGCACAGGUUGCUCGGGCAUUGUCCUUCCUUCACUCAGCCCAUCCGCCACUAGCGAAAGGUCCCAUCAUCCAUGGGGCAAUCAAGACAGCGAACAUCCUGCUGGAUGACAAGCUUGUGGCCAAGGCAUUGAUUCGCCAAGAACUCAAGGAGAGAGGCCAAGCACAGCGCACAACCAUGCUGAUGUACUUGGCAAAUGAUUCCCAGUAUGUAGCUCCCGAGUAUUGGCGGUCGAGGAUUUUGGACGAGAAGACUGAUGUUUAUGCAUUCGGCAUCACAGUUCUGGAGAUUCUGACGGGCAAGAUGUCAAACGCGUAUGAGACAAUUGAAUCUGCAGUGGAAGAUGACGGAGCAUUUCGGAAUGCUCUUGACCCAAAUGCAGACGGCUGGGAUAUGGAACUCACCAGGAAGGUGGCACGAUUGGGAUUGCAGUGUGCUAGCCUCGACAUGCGCCAUCGGCCAGGGAUGACAAGUGGGGACGAAAGCAUCAUUUCGAUACUAGAGAGAGUUUCUCUUGAAGUAGAUCUUCCUGACUUUGUAGAGGAUGCACGGUAGAUUGGGAAGGGGAGCUACUGACAGAGGUGGUUGGCAGCUGUCCCUUCUGCCGCUUGUGAAAACUUCACGCACAUCCACGC